CCGUAUGACGAGGGGCCCCUCUACUUGAUCUACCGCCUACCUGUGAAUCCCAACACACUGUUCAAGAAUCAUCUUAUUAGAGACCCAUGCUAUAUAAACCCAACGUGCCAGCAUACCGAGUAGUUACGUACUGACUUUAUUCAUAGUCGUGCCGGAGAGUGCAUCGACGACAUAACAGCACAACACAUUUACACGCAUCCCUGCGCGUUGAUUUGUCUAAAGGGUUCUCUCGUUGUUGUUUCCGCUAACGAGUACGCGAAUUAGCGUGGUUCCAGCACGAUCGACUUGUAUCACUCGGCCAAAAGAUGUAUUAUUUACAGCUGAUCGUGCUCUGCGUGACGGUAGCCAGUGUUAUUGGUGAUCUGCCACCGGGCACACGGCGCAACACUUACUUGCCACCAGAGCCGACGAAAGGUUACACGUACAACAAGCCGCCGGUGUCAUUUCCGAAGCCCACACCGACGGGGCCGUUUCCUACUCCGACCUUCCCUAGACCUAGGCCGACGCCGUCCUUCCCCCCAACUAGGCCAACACCAUCCUUCCCCGGACCCAGGCCAACCUUUCCCGGGACCAGACCAACGCCCUACCCACAACCUACCAGAACUCCAGGAACUUUUCCGCCGUCAACGGGCACAGGAUAUCCCAAAAUAAGACCAACACCUCCUUUCCCAGACUAUACCGGCCAACAAAGCGGUGGUGAUAGAACACUUAUUGGCCCUGAUCAUGAUCAUCAUCAUCACGAACCUGGCAUGCCCUUUGACUUCAACUAUGCUGUGAAAGAGGACGCUUUCGGCAACGAUUAUUCACACAAUGCCAUUAGCGACGGUGAAGUCGUCCGUGGUGAAUAUAAGGUACAACUUCCGGACGGUAGAACGCAACUUGUGCGAUACACCGCGGAUUGGCAACAUGGUUUUAGCGCACAGGUUUCUUAUGAUGGAAAUCCUCGCUUCGACGGUGGAAAUUUCAAUCGAGGCUAUUAGCUUUAGCGUCGGGUUCUAGGGC